GUUUGUUAUAGAGGAAAAUUCGUUAUAGCUAGGGUCGUUAUAGCCAGGGUUUACUGUAAUAGCUAGUGCUGCUAUGGCCAACAUUUACAUUUCGUAGACUCCCAAAAUCCAAUUGGCCAAAUCCAAAUUCUGCCGGACAUACCCACACCGCUUGGGGGCGUCACAUCGGAGGCAGCAACGAUUAUCGCUAUCAACUCUCUUUCCUCGGGAUUUCAACCGCUGCUUGCCAGGAUACAAAUCACCUUAGCAAAUGCUUACUAUCCGCGACCAAGCAUCGAUUAUUCCCUCACAAUAAUCUCACUCGAAUCAGCCAUGACGACCAGUCCUGAAGAGACACCUGAAGAAAUGGUGGCUAGCUUUUUCAGCGAGAGCAGUGGAACCUUGAGCAGCGUCCCAUCUGAUUUCGUCGAAGAGGAUGCCGAAGCCAUCAUCAACAGUUAUCAGCCUCUGAAGAGGAAUGAUCCUACGAAGAGGGUCUUGUCAAGUUUUCUCCAGUUUCUACCACCUAACGGAAAGCGCGUUUUGGCAGAGGCUAUAACUACCUUCGAUAACGAAACACUUCGAGUUUUAUCCAGUCACCUUGUCACAUGUAUUCUUCUCCCCAUGAAGGCGAGAGCUCCAACUCCUACAAUCACGCCUUCGCCCUUCCCUGAUAAUGACGAGACGGUGCAGGAGGUUGCUGAAUUCAUGGACCGCUCUCCAAGCAGAGAUGUGCAAAAGUGGCUCAAGAAACGCUGCCUGCGUCGCGACAACGACCGCUGUAUGGUCACUGGUGUAAUUGAAGAUGAAAGCAGUGCGGCACAAGGUGCACCGCCAUCUGUGUAUACUGGUCCCACAGAACUUUCUCAUAUUAUUCCCCUAUCGAUAGGCAGUUGGAAAGAUAAAAAGACAGAUCACAAGGUAGCUCAGAUAUGGGCCACUCUGAGAAAGGUUUUCCCAAGCAUCAGCAUGGAACCGGCCGAUGUGAACAACGAUGACAAUCUUAUGACAUUAUUUGAACUUGUGCACACUGACUUCGGGAAGUUUACACUUGCCUUGGAACCAACUGAGGCUCCACACGAGUACAAGAUCCUCAGGUUCAAGAAGCAGUCCACUGCUCUGAAUAUUUUCCUCCCUCCCCCGAAUUCUCGGGGUGACCGCAUUGUGAGGUUUCAAAAAUAUGCAGAUGAUGUUGAUCUUCCAAGUCCAGUGUUACUUGAGACUCAUGCAGCGCUCGCCAAGAUUUUACACGCGUCGGGAAUGGCAGAGUACAUUGAGAAGAUCUUAGACGAGCGAGAAGGCAUUCGUUGUCUCUCCAGUGACGGCACUACGGAUAUUGGCAGACUUCUCUUUGCUUUUUAGUUCCUACAAUCUCCCAUUGGAGGUUCGAAUCUGUUUGACCAUAGUUUAUCUUAUGCAGAAAUCAGCACCGAGCGAGGCGUUGGGGAGAAUACAGUACGAUACUACUACUAUUGUAACGCGCGGAGCAGAGAGCGGAUGUAUCCACAUUCAAUAAUGAGAUUCGUUAACUCAGUAUAGCAUAUAGGACUCCACAUUCAUCAAGAUGUUCGACCUUGACAAAGCUUAAAAUAGGAAAUUAGAUCUUGGACUAGCAGCUGAAAACCUGAAUGCUAGGUAAUUAAGGAACGAAUCUAGGGAGAGACUCUAGCAAGUUAUAACUAACUAUUACUAACUACCGCUAGGGUAAUUAGAAAUAAAAAUACAAGGAUAACUAUUAUGAUCUCCA